AUGGCGGUCUCCCAGAGGACGCUGAAUUGGCUAUACUCCGUCCUAUCCAAGGACCACUACGACCCCAAGCAGACGUACCAAGAUCCCAACCGUACCUAUCAUGACGUCGCGAAUGCGCUCGCUCAGUACCCCUCGCUGGCCCCUCGGACCGACGUAUACACCUUCGAGAAUGGCUUCUCGGCUUUGCUCCUGCACCUUGUGGGCACGCUACCUGACAUGGCAGUUCGAGUUGGACAGCAUGUUACGCUUGAAGGGCGCGUGUAUCAUCACUACCUGGCACGUUGGGCUGAGGCGUGGGAUAGAUCGAAUAUUUCCGAUCUCCUCAUUAUUCUCCGGGAGGUCUUUGCGAAGGAACCCCCCGUUCGAAAUCGACAACAGAUGCCACCUCAACCACAGACUCAACAGACGCAAACCCCGCCCCCAUUACCUCCUCUGCCACCGGGCAUGGGGCCUGCGCCAAUACCUCAUGCGCAACCGCCAUCUGCAGCUCCGGGUAGCCAGACUCCUCCGCAGCUGCCACCCAAGCCUGGAGCUGCCACGAUGCCUCAGCAACUGCCAGCACAGACAGCGGAGCGAUAUCAGUCUCCCCCACCACUGCCCCCGCUUCCUCCCAAGGACUAUAACCCUAGUCGAAUCAGCUCCUUAAGCCAUGCUCCGAUGGCCAGCCCGGGUGGUCAUGUACCUCUACCAUUCGCUACUUCGCCUCAUCCUGUCCAACAAACCACGUCACCUUCGGUAUACCAAAGUCAAACACCCUAUGGCAGGAACGCCAAUGGGCCAACUGGGCCUUUUACUGGGUCCCAGCAUAGACCUUUCGCUCCUCAGCCUAGACCACUUGUUCCUCAUGUGUCUGCACAGCAACCACCUCAUUUGUCACAAGGACCACCAUCACAUCACGCGGGAUACCGGUCUCAAUCUCCGCAGUCAUCGAGGCCUCCAUACCCUACAGAUUCGCCACAUCUUUCGAGCUUACAUCCACCCCCGGCAGCGCCAGCAACGAAGGAAACGCCAGACCUUCUCACGUCACCAUUUGAGGUUGAGUUGCCCUCAUUCGCGCCCACGGGGCCUGCGCCACCGAUCCCACCGAAUCCAGAGAAAGAUGCUUUGUUACAUGCGAUAUCUCAAAGUCUGUCGGAGACCUUGCGAGCUCAAGCAGCACAGUCCGACUCUGCAUCACAGUCGCUUGUCUCUCAGUCGCGCUCGUUGCAGGCAUCAAUGGCCACACUUCAGGGUGAACUCGCUGCGCUCAAUUCCCUCCACGCAACGCUCCAAUCCAACACUGCAAUCUUGCAGCAGUCUAUCUACCGUGCAGAUGCCACCAUCGCGGAUGCUCAAGCUCGGUCGGCCUCCGUCUCAUCUUCUGCAGCAUCGACCUCUGCGGCUGCUAGGUCUUCAGACUCUCCGUCGGGUCUACCUCCCAUUGACGAGGUCCUGGUUGCACCUACUGUGGUAGGAAAGCAGUUGUAUGAUUUGGUGGCAGAGGAGCAAGGUCUCCAGCAUGCGCUGUACGCGUUACAGGCAGCGCUUGUCCGUGGAGUUAUUGGCGUUGACUCCUGGUCCCGACAUACGCGUGGUCUUGCGCGGGAGGCUUUCCUUAAACGUGCAUUGAUUCGCAAGAUCGGGCGUGGAAUGGGCUUGGAAGAAACCCAGUCGUGA